AAAGCGUUCAGUAAGCAACUAGCACAUCUGGUCGCUGAAGAUAGCGGCUCAAGUUGCGCUGGAGCGAGCGGUGGUUUGUCUAUGUAUGACCGUGUAAAAAGAAGAAGUUCGGCUGCUAAUAAGGAUGAUGGCACGAAGAAAUCGGCAGCUCUGCAGCGUUUGAGGGACAAGAACAAUGAGAAGAAGAAUCAAAAACGUAUUCGUGUUCAACUGGAUUCUUCUGAUGAAGAGGAUGACGCUCAGAGUUCCACAAGGAAACUAAUCGAUUCCGAAGUGGAUGACUCAUCAGAAGAAGAGGAAGAAGUAAGAAUAGAAAAGGCUGAAAAUGCGGAUAGCAGCGAUGAAGAGGAUACCCGUAAAAAGGGGGAUUCUUCCACAGACGAUUCCGAAGAGUCGGAUGCUGCAACUCGAAAACAACACAGAAAGAUAAAGAAGAGAGCUUCAGACAAAAGUCUAAAACACAACAAAAAUAUUAAUAUGGAUGAUGUAUUUGGCGCUGAUAGCACUGACACAGAGAAACCCCAAACAGAAGAGAGGGAUAAGAAACGUAAAAAGGUGAAAAAGGAGUCUUCUGAUGAAAAUGAAGCGCCGAAAAAGAAGAUGAUGAAGUCGGAAAAACUGGACUUUGAGUCGAUUUUUGGUCCGGAAAAGCCACAGAAGAGUUCUAAAAAUGAGAAAGAUCGAAAAGAAAAACAACAGCAACGAACUGAAUCUGAGAAGAAAAAGGAGAAAGAUAGGAAAGAACUUGUGAAGAGAAAACUAGAUGAACAGGGUAAGUUAGGUAAAUUGUAUUUUUCCACAUAA